GCAAUUUAAAAAUUGAACUGCAAGGGCGGGAUAAUAAUUGAAUGCCCCAAAGUCACUUUCGGAAUACCUGAAAUUAAUUCCUUCUCCAGUUCCCCUUAACUCACUCCACAUUCAAAUCCCUUCAAGUAUCUCACUCUUCAGUCUAUUUCCAAUUCAAUUUGCCCGGUGUCCAGGUAUUGAUUGCAGGCUUCAUAUUCUGCUUACAAAUUUAGGGUCAGUAUAUACGACUAUCCUUACUUCGUUUUGCAGAUUUAGUUUCAUAUGAGCAUUGAAUUACAAACAUUAAAUUCCCCCUCUUUUUGUUAAAUUUAUGUGUGUUUCGUCUUAGGGUUUAUUUUGGCUUCUGUUGUUUUUGAGGAAUCAGUUUUCUUGGUACUUCCGAAUUUGGGUGUUCUUUGACUUAUUAGGUUACUUUUAUUAGUUAAUCUGUAUAUGAAUCCGGAUUCUUGACAUACUUUGUUGGUAGUAUUCAGGGGAACCCAAGUCCAGCGACGUACCAUAAUUCUGUCCUUAAUACAGUCAUGGAAUUGUGUUUUUCCACAGUUAUAUAGCUUUGCAUAUUUGAGCUGCUGAUCUGCUUUUCAGUUUAUUCAGUUUUAAAUUUCAGUUUGGUUCUGGUCAGAUAUUUUGGCUCGGUCUUAUUCUUUCAAGAAUUUGUGAGCUAAGAUGGAGAAUGAAUGGAAGAAUUCUGCCCAAACUCGUUGGGUUGCAGAAAAUGUUGAAGGGUUUGAACAGAUCAUCAAGGAAAUGGUUAAGAUAAUUGAAGAAGGGAAUGCUUCUGAUGAAGGAGCACAGGCACAGGUUAAGCCAUCAAAGAAGGAUCAUUUGAUUUCUCUUGUUGAAAAAAUUAGCCUAAAGCAUCAACUUCUUGCUGAGCAAUGCGAUCACAUGAUUGACGAUUUACACAAGUCAUCAGAAACCCAGAAGGAAAAUUUGUCUUCGGCAUUUGAUCAAGGUUGUCUAGACUCUUCCUUACUGACCCCUGAUCAGAAGUUGGUUUCUCAGAAAAAGGAUAGGGCAACGGAUGCCUUUGAUUUUUCUCUGAGCUCUGAUGGUAGCAGCUUCAUUAAUUCUGGAAAAGAAGGUUCUCAGUCUUCGGCAAUCAUAUCAUCAGACUCUGAUUCCGAAUCUUACGAUUCAGCUACUGAAAAAGACUUCUUCACCCCAAUGUCUGUAGAAAUGCCUAAUGCAAAGAUUUUGGACAUGGAAACUGGGUUUAUUGGUGCGGAACGGGCAAAUGGUUUAAGGGAGAUGGAACCGUCUGAAAUGAUGCUUUUGAGAAUCAGCAAAUAUGAGAAAGAGUUGAAGGCUUCAAAGAAGGAGCUUCUAUCUUCAAACCAAGAGGUUAUGAGGCUGCACAGUGAGCUGAAGAAUGCACUGGUGGCAAUGGAUAACUCGGAAGCACAACUUGAGAAAGCUAAGAAUGAGGUAAAAAUGAAGGAAGACUAUCUUGUUAUGGAGAAAAGGAAUGUGUCAGAGCUGCGAACGCAAGUAGUACAGCUUGAAACUGAGGUUCUUGACUCUAGUCGUAAGAUUGGGAAACUAGAGCAAGAAAAUGAAGAUGCCACUGGAAAAUUAGAAAGUUCAGAGGGAAAGCUUGCUGAGUUGAGGAAGACGAUGCUUACAAAAGAAUAUGAGCACAAGAAAAUGAAGGUUGACAUGCAAGAUGCCUUAAGAGUCUGUGAAAUAGAGAAAGCACAGUUACAAUCUGAGAAUUCUUCUUUAUCAGGACAUUUGACCCUUGUGGAGGCCAAGGUUACACAGCUUGAGGAGCAAAUCAGAAAAUUGGAAAGUGAAAUUAAGAAAUGCGAAACCUCAAAAAUUGAGAUGAAGAAUGUGUAUGAAACUCAGGAAAUCAGAUGGCAAGGUGAGAUCCAGCAAUUGAACACUCAGCUGAUUGAGAAAUGUGAAUUGGUUGAAUCUUUAAAUAAAACUCAAGAUGGUUUGAAACUUAAGUACGACAUGCUAAUGGCAGAAAAGGACGGGCUUAGUGCAAAGGCACAGACACUUUUCUCUGAGCUUUGCUCUGCUGAGUUCAGCAUUCAGCAGAUGGAGGCCCAACUUUGUAAGUUGCAGUCGCAACAUGUGGAGUUAAUUGCCGGAUCCGAAACUAUGCUGAAGCUCAAGGGCGAACUUGAAUCGAAAGUUGAAAAACUUGAAAAGGAGGUAGAAAAGCAGGCAGCCCUGAUAGUAGAUAGAGCCGAGGAGAAAAGAGAGGCCAUCAGGCAGCUAUGCUUCUCGCUGGAGCAUUACCGACGUGGUUACCAGGAGCUUCGUGAGGCUUGGAUUGGGCAAAGGAGGCACGCAGUGAUUGCUUCAUAAUCUUUUCAUUUUGCAACGGUAAAUGCUCGAUAUAUAGUUCUCUAUAUUUUGUUGUUGUAGUGUUCAAUAGUUGUUUGUAGUAUUUACUAUUUAGUAUCGAUGUCUAGAUUAAGCUGUCUAUGACGCUGUAUCAUGCUGAAGCCCAUGAAGUCUUUGGAACUUCGCAUGAAGGCUUCAUGUUUGGAAACUUAGAAUUGAAAACGACAAAACUUUCAUUGCUGUCAGUCCCAGUUUAUUUCUUCCCAGUGUCCAGCUCCAGCAGUCCUGUAGUCUGGAUAGGUGCAUUUUCAGGACUUUUGUAAUUGCAGAAUUGAUUCAAGUGAUGCCAUCUUCAUAUAACUCAG